AUGAGUAUUUUUAGAAAGCGAAUAAUUUUGAUUUCUUUAUUUCUUUCUUUCUUUCUUCCUUCCUUUCUUUCUUUCUUUCUUUUUCUACAGUUGUCUCACGCAUUCUCUUACUUUCUUUUUAUUUUAUUCUUUUCUCGCUAUUUUCUUCUACUUUCUUUUCCCCUCGUUUCUUUCUCUCUUUUAUUUCCUUUCUUUCUUUCUUUCUUUCUUUCUUUCUUUCUUUCUUUCUUAUUGUUUCUUCCUUCUCUCUUCCUUCAUUUUCUUUCAUGCUUUCUUUCUUUUUUCUUUCUUUCUUUCUUUCUUUCUUGCUAUUUCUACCAUUGUCUCCCACAUUCUCUUACUUUCUUUUUAUUUUAUUCUUUCUCUCUAUUUUCUUCUACUUUUUUUUACCGUCGUUUCUUUCUCUCUUUUAUUUUCUUUCUUUCUUUCUCUCUUUCUCUCUUUCUUUCUUUCUUUCUUUCUUUCUUUCUUUCUUCCUUUCUUUCUUUUCUCUCCUUUGUCUCCUUAUUUCCGUUUCUUCUUUUUUUCCGUUUGGUUUGGUUUGUUUUGUUUUACGGCAUAUCAACCUCAAUGGGUUAUUUUAAUGCCGACAUGAUUUUUAUUGCUGGUUAUAUUUUCUAUCUAUCUAUCUAUCUAUCUAUCUAUCUAUCUAUCUAUCUGAUUUAG